AUGAAUAGUAAACAGGGCUCGUCAAUAAAUCAUGUGGAAAUUAUUAAUCAACCUCGUCAUGCUACAAAAUCCACGUACGAAGAGCCAUAUGUGCAAUGGAUGUGGGGAUCACAUGUGAAUCCUUACGAUUUAUCUCAAACCGUGAUGUGGAGUCCGUACUCGGAUGUGGAAACAGAAAUAAUUGAAGCAGCAUUUCAAAAGAAGGAAUCUCUCGUCUUGCUCGACGAUUGUCGUAUUGAAUUAAGUCAGUUUUUGCAAAUAUCGAACACAGAAUAUAAUCUUCAACUACCAGUUCAACGGUGUCUGGAAAAACCAACGUGCAAGCCCAGAAUAAGAAAGAACAGAUUACAGCCUCUUGAUUCAAUUGUACCAAAAGUACCUUUUGUCGAUAAAAACUCUUCUGAAGAAUUCGUCACUACAGUUACGCAUCAAUUCGAUCUUACCAACAAAAGGUUUUCUGUUCCAUCGAUCAUUAGAAUGAUGGUAGAAAAAGCAGCUGAAGGUCUAAUCAUUGAAGGCACGACGGUGGGAAAACCAAGAGAAGCUGAAUGGCUGGCUGAACAGUUACGCCAAGAAAUGAAUUCAUCUCAACAAAAAGUAUGGGCAUGUUGUGCUCGACUCUAUAGCAAGGAUUCAUUUCUAUAUAGACAAAUGAAUGAGAUCAUGCGACUGGUCGAUGAUGGUGAUCAAGAACAUGAAAAAUUAUGGAAAAGCAAGAUCAUUUCACUUGGUCCAUUUGCUUGGCUUCUCUAUUGGAUGCGGGAAAAAGAUGAUAUAUGUUCCACACUCGUAGUCUAUCGAGGAGCGACACUUCCGGAUGAUGUAAUUGCAAAAUUUAAACAAGCAAAUCAAAACAAUCUAUAUUGCUUUCAAGCUUUCACAUCGACUACUCGAAGUCGGCAGAUCGCUGACAUUUUUGGGGGCAACGUUCUUUUCAUAAUUAACAUUUCUGCUGAAGAUGGCAUAGAUAUACAGCAUUAUUCAAAUUUUCAAGACGAAGAAGAAAUAUUACUUGCGGCUUCGUUUGACUUCAAAAUAAAAUCCUGCGAAAAAGUUGGCGAUAAAUGGGAAAUUCAUCUUAUAUCGUUUUGGUCUACUGACUACUGGACCUCAUCAUCUUCGAGCUUUUCUGAUUUGUUAGAAGACUCAUCUCUUGAGAGUGAUAAUGGUAAAAUCGAUGUUGUUCAAGGAUGA